AUCAAAGACUUCUUCGUGUAUAAAGUCUCCGAUAAUACUAUAACAGAUUCUCUUGCAAAACGAUUCCCCAUUUUGUUUCUUCUUUUGACGAAAUGGCAGGCACCAACAACGGCAACGAUCACGGCGGCGUGACUCUUGAAACGGUGCGGGCGAGCCUGAUCCGACAGGAGGACACCAUCGUUUUCUGCCUCAUCGAGAGAGCCAAAUUCCCCAGAAAUCCCACCUUGUACGACCAGUCUGCUCCUGUGGUUCCGACCACGUUGUCGGCCUCCUUGUUCCACUUCAUCUUUAAAGAAACCGAAGCUCUUCAAUCCAAGGUUGGGAGAUAUCUAUCUGCAGAGGAAAAUCCUUUCUUCCCAGAUGAUGUCCCAGAAUCGUUGGUGCCAGCCGCCGGCAAGCUUGAACCAUUCUUGCAUCCUGUUGCAGAUUGUAUCAAUGUGAAUGAGAAAAUCUGGGAUGUGUAUUUGAAUCAGCUGCUUCCACUUGUUGCGGUUGAGGGGGAUGAUGGAAACUAUGCUGCUACUGCUGCCACUGAUAUCCAGUUCUUGCAGGCACUCUCUAGAAGGAUACAUUAUGGGAAAUUUGUGGCCGAGGUUAAAUUCAGGGAAGCUCCUGAUGAUUAUACACCAGCUAUUCGAGCUAAGGACAGAGAUGCUCUGAUGAAGCUUUUGACAUUUGAAGCUGUGGAAGAGAUGGUGAAGAAGAGGGUGGAGAGGAAAGCGAGAGAGUUCAGCAAAGAAGUGAAGGCGAAUGGGAGUGAUGAGGCAGAAAAGUGCAAGGUUGAUCCAUCGUUGAUGUGUAGGCUAUAUGCAGAAUGGGUGAUCCCUCUAACCAAACUAGUUGAAGUUGAGUACCUUCUAAGACGGCUUGACUCUCAAUUUUAAGGUUCUUGUGUUUUAGAUUAAUGAAUAAUCCAUCCUUGGCACUCAAAUGUUUCUUUUUUUUAGUUUUAGGCUAUCAUGUUAUGUU